UCAGCGCCGUACCGAAUGCAUGCUGCAACUUCGGUGCUUCCUAUCGUCAGGGGUCACGUUUGAAUAUAAAGUGGGGAGCAAGAGCGGUUUAAUCUAUAGACAUUCACUGACGGGCGAAGUAAUAAUUACAACAUGCUUCGCACUGUUUGUCGGACUGGAAGUGCUCUUCUGAAGCACUCCCGUCGCAGCGCACCCCCACAGUGGGCCGCCCUGGCCCAGCAGAGAUGGGCUUCCAGUCUCCCCAUGAACACUGUAGUGCUCUUUGUGCCUCAGCAGGAGGCCUGGGUGGUGGAGAGAAUGGGCAGGUUUCACCGUAUCCUGGAACCAGGAUUGAACUUCCUUAUUCCGAUAUUGGACAGAAUUCGUUAUGUGCAGAGCCUGAAGGAGAUCGUCAUCGAUGUGCCGGAACAGUCUGCCGUCUCACUGGAUAACGUGACGCUGCAGAUCGAUGGAGUUCUGUAUCUCAGAAUACUAGAUCCGUUUAAGUCUAGCUAUGGAGUCGAAGAUCCAGAAUACGCUGUGACUCAGCUGGCACAAACCACGAUGCGCUCUGAGCUUGGAAAGUUGACCCUUGACAAAGUUUUUCGGGAAAGAGAGUCCCUGAACGCCAACAUCGUCCAUUCCAUCAACCAGGCGUCAGACGAGUGGGGCAUUCGCUGCCUUAGGUACGAGAUCAAGGACAUUCAUGUUCCUCCGCGCGUUAAGGAGUCCAUGCAGAUGCAGGUGGAGGCAGAACGAAAGAAGAGGGCUACCGUGCUGGAGUCAGAAGGCACCAGAGAGGCAGCCAUCAACGUGGCAGAAGGCAGGAAGCAGGCUCAGAUUCUAGCCUCUGAGGCCCAGAAGGCAGAACAGAUCAACAAGGCAGCCGGUGAAGCCAAUGCUGUCUUGGCCAAAGCAGAGGCAAAGGCUAAGGCCAUUAAGCUGCUGUCCGAUGCCCUGACGGAGCAGAAUGGAGAUGCCGCGGCCUCUUUGAGUGUCGCUGAGCAGUAUGUGUCCGCCUUCUCCAACCUGGCCAAGGAGUCCAACACCAUCCUGCUUCCUUCAAACACUGGAGACAUCAGCAGCAUGGUCUCCCAGGCCAUGGCCAUCUACAGCAGCCUGGCCCAGCCGAAGAAGGGCAGGGGGGCUACUGCUACCACGGACACAGCGGCCAGCAUUCUGAGGGCGGAGAUCGAGCAGAAACACCCCAGUGAGGGAUCCUCACUAUCGCCUCCUGGUGGUCAAUAGAUCACAGACUCGGACUGUUGCCGAGCACAGGAGGCCGAUUUCAGUCUUUUUCAAGAACUGGCUGGAGCAGAGGUGGGCAGGUCGGCCCAGAGACCUCAGUGUCUGCAUUUCUGCAGUAUUCCAGCGCUACGGUCAUUGUUCCAUGAGUAAAUAAUAGUACCAAACUCGUGGUGCGAAUAAUGCACAAGUUGUAUGAUCAGAUGACAAACAUUUAGUCAGACGAUGUAUUGUAUCCAAAACAUGACUAAUUUGGGGAGAGAUUCCUCAGUUACUGGGACGUAACAGAAAUGCACAGACUGAGUCUUUUUUGGAAGCCGCUGCCCACCCUCUUGACUGUGGAAGACCUGAAGGAAAGACAACCUGAGGGAAGACCAGAUGACCAGCCUUAAGUUAUAGGCAAAAUCGUUGUAGGCAAAAUCGUCAACAUUCUGUUUUUCCUCCCUUUGUAUUUUUUUUUCCAUUGUUUAAAUUCAUUCAGGUGUACAUUUAGGUGUAUGUGACCCUAAGCGUCACUCGCUGGGUAGGUAAUCAGGGGUGCCGUAGGUCUCCAGUGCAAGUUGAUGGCUGAUGUGAUUUCUGUACACCAGCCAUUCAACAGCAUCUCACCAUAUUCACAUGCACUACAACUUGGUGCCUCCACCUCUAAACUUUAUUACUGUAAUUCUGCUACCCAGUACUUCAUUCUUACCACAAAUCUGCGCAUGUUCGCCAUCGUAAUCUCCGCUGUAACGUCAAUGCAGAGAUGCACCUCCGCGGGAUGCCUGAAGCCGAUUAAUGAAAAUCCGUGAGUGAAAUGUUGAGCUUCCCAGUCACACCACAGUACAUAAUUUGACUUGGAUAGAAGACAUUUCUGCAGUCAUUAUGUACUAUUAUCAUAUGUAAUUAGCAAGCCAUUUUAUGAGGAAGAAUUGUGAAGAUUGUACACCUGUGAAAUAUUAAAUAUUCAGAAAAGGC